CACUGGGCAGAAAUCAGAGACAGUAAACGUCCGCAAGGACCAUCUGUCUCCUCUGUUUUAAUUAGACAGUCGGAUUCCCCGAGUCCGUACCAGUUCCAGUUCGACCGUUUUGAUGGUCGGAUACUAAGUCCGAAAACAAAGCACACACCUGAAAACGUCCACAAGGCAGUCUUGUCACUAGUCCAGCAUCAGCGUGAGCAUCAGCCAGCCACGGACGAAACCGCACAAGCAUCAGUUAACAGGCCAACCGACCCGGUCACUGGAGCCAAUCCUUUUCCCGAAGUUACGGAUCUAAUUUGCCGACUUCCCUUACCUACAUUAUUCUAUCGACUAGAGGCUGUUCACCUUGGAGACCUGAUGCGGAUAUCGGGCCGUCCAGAGAACACGAGACAUCACAGAAACCGCGAUGCUUUACGGAAACAACGUCCCUAUCUACGGCUGAACCGAUUCCAGGGAGUCCGUUCCUUAACUAGAGAAGAGAACUCUAGCUCGGUCUCUGAGCGACGUAACCAAGAUCGACUGACCCACAUUCAACUACUGUUCACGUGGAACCCUUCUCCACUUCAGUCUUCAAGGAUCGAACUUAAAUAUUUGCUACUACCACCGAGAUCUGCACUGACGGAAGCUCCAGCUGGGCCUACGCCCAAAGCCUUCGACGCAACCGCCACGACCCUCCUACUCGUUGCGGCCAGGCGCUAG